UGCUGCUAGCUCGAAGUUUUCUUAACGUAAGGGAGCUGCAGCUUAUUAUUUCCCAAUCCACUGGAAAAGCUUCUAAUUUAAACGAUAGCGAAAACAUAAUGGCUUUGUUGGCGCGUAAUAUUUGCAGGGUGUUCAAUCAGGCCCCUCUGAAAAGUUCCGCAAGAAGCAUUCAUGUUGGUGCUACGCGUUUUGCAGAAACUGACGUUGAACCAGAUCAGAAAUUGAAGUGUACUUUAAUUCCUGGAGAUGGUGUUGGUCCAGAACUGGUUGUAUCCGUUCAAAAUGUUUUUAAAGCGGCAAAUGUACCAGUGGAAUUUGAACCAUAUUUCUUAUCAGAAGUCAAUCCAACGCUGAGUGCUCCGUUGGAACAGGUUUCCAAUAGUAUUGCUAGGAAUAAAGUUUGUCUCAAGGGUAUUUUGGCUACACCAGACCACUCUCAUACUGGUGAAUUGCAGACAUUGAAUAUGAAAUUGAGGAAAGAACUUGAUCUUUAUUCAAAUGUUGUACACGUAAAAUCAUUGCCAGGAGUAAAAUCUAGGCAUCAGAAUGUUGAUUGUGUCAUCAUCAGAGAACAAACUGAAGGUGAAUACUCAGCUUUGGAGCAUGAAUCGGUUCCUGGUGUUGUUGAAUGUUUGAAGAUUGUAACUGCAAAAAAAAGUCAGAGGAUUGCCAAAUUUGCUUUUGACUAUGCUGUUAAAAAUGGUAGAAAGAAAGUUACUUGUGUUCACAAAGCCAAUAUUAUGAAACUUGGUGAUGGCUUGUUUUUAAAGUCAUGUUCAGAUAUUGCCAAACUUUACCCAAGAAUUCAAUUUGAAACAAUGAUCGUUGAUAACUGUACCAUGCAAAUGGUAUCCAACCCUCAUCAAUUCGAUGUUAUGGUUACACCUAACUUGUAUGGUAACAUUGUUGACAAUCUAGCAUCAGGAUUAGUUGGUGGAGCUGGUGUUGUUGCUGGAGCCAGUUACAGCCCAGAAUGCGUUGUUUUUGAACCAGGCGCGAGGCAUACAUACUCUGAAGCUGUUGGUAAAAAUGUAGCUAAUCCUACUGCUAUGAUUCUGUGCUCUGUCAAACUCCUGAAUCAUUUGAAUCUCAGACGUCACGCUGAACAAAUCAGAGACGCAUUGAAUCGUGUCCUGAAUGACGGUAAACAUCUAACUAAAGAUUUGGGCGGACAAACAUCGACCACUGAAUUUACCCAUGCUGUGAUCAACAAUCUUCGUUAAAUAAAUUUUAAUUAAAUCAAAGUUUGAGUCAGACUCAAAUCUGUAGAAAAUUAAUUGGACUUCUAUUGUUGAGAAAAAAUUGUCUCCUUUAGAAAUCCAAUGCAAUUUAUAAUACUAUGCGAACUAUUUAUGGUUUUUGCAAUAAUAUUCAUAGAAAAGUUCACAUGAAAAAUGAUGACGAUCCUCUGCUUUGGUUUGAAGUGUGAUUUUACAACUAAUAGUUAUUAAAUGUUAAUUCUACCAGACAAAGGUAUUAAAAUGUUACAAAGACCAAAGCUCUGUAAAAUAUGGAUGCAGUUAAAAAUCAGUAUAAUGACUUUGUUUCUCAUCUGUUAUUUAAUGUAAUUGUAACAUGUGAAAUGUAAUAUAACGUGGAUUGCGCAAUACUCUUAUAAUUCAUUUUUUUUUUUCAAAGUAUUAUUUCAAUUGAUCAUUUAUAGUAGUCAAAGCAAGUCAUUAAUAUAUUUUAGAAUUAUUCAUUUGUAUCCAUAAUUAACUCUCGGUAAUAAAUCAACAAAUCAACAUGAA